UACCAUGAUGCCCUGUAUGCCGUGUUUUGGUGGGGUACAGGAAGUACUGACGUCCUCCUGAAGCUCGCUCGAUUUAUUCGGGGUAGACGUUUCUGAAUGAAAGACAGUCUUUGCCUGUAAAAGAACAACAUGUUAUCAAUGGAUAUGGAAAAGCAACGGGGACGUAAUGCAUCUCUUGCUAUAGCUGCCAUAGUAGUCCUCGUGGGGAUUCCUCUGUGGUGGAGAACAACAGAGACAUAUCGUGCUUGGCUGCCGAUGUCACAAAUCCGUGAACUGGAUUCAUUGCAUCUCCACCUUACCGUGGAAGUGGAGGUGGUGUUUGCCCAGGGUACACUUACACCUGAUCAACAAAAGAAGCUUCCACUGAGUCAGGUUCGUGAACAAGAGCACCACGCGGAUACUGAAACAGAUCUCAAGUAUAGAUAUGAGACUAAAUACCGAACAGCUACGAUCAUGGAGGAAGACGCCCUGAAUCAGCCAAAUGCUGCAGAGGCAGACAAGUCCUUGCACAUCCUAAGUGAGAGUCCCUGUGGUUCGGUUGUUGUGUAUGUUUUACCUGAAUCUUCUACCAUACUACCAGAGGGUGUGGGAGUAUAUGUGGGACUGAAAAGGACAGCACUGGUCAAAUUUGAACUCAGAAAAGGAGGAGCAGCGUUGAAGGAUGUUCUGUCUGCAAUAGACCCUGAGGUGGAGCAGGUGGUCCAGACCAUGUCCUUCAGCCACCAGGACAUCAUUGCAGCGCUUAGCAACCGCAUCCGGCUGGCAAAGGUCAGCAGGGAAAGCCUAGUGGACAGUAUGAGGGCCUUUAAGUCCAGUCCUGGCUAUGAGAUCACAUUCAGUCUUCUAAAUCCCAGUCCCCAAUCCCACAGGCUACAAUGGGACAUUGAGGGUGCUGUGCAGCAAUACAUCCAACCUUUACUGGACAAGAUGGCUGUUGUGGCAAAUUUCUCUGUGGAUUCUCAAAUUCUGUACUAUGCUGUUCUUGGAGUGAAUCCUCGCUUUGACAAAACUGCGUCAGCCUACACACUCAGUGCCGACAGUCUUGCACACGUCAUUAACCCAGUGGAAGCCAGGCUAGGCUCAAAUGCAGCAUCCUCCAACCCAGUGCUCAACUUCCUCCUCUAUGUCCCAGACCCUCACCACUCCCCACUCUUCAUCCGGGAUCACAGGAAGCAGGAAGUGUCAUCAAAUGCAUUCCACAGUCCUCGUUGGGGUGGCAUUAUGGUCUAUAAUGUGAAUGAUAUGUACAGCAAAGACUCCACCUUCCCAGUUGACCUUAACAUUGAUAUGAGUAAAGUGAUGGGUGUUUUCUUGGCACAGCUUAGGCUCCUGUUAGGGGUUCAGCAGGUGCGUCCCCCCAAAGGCUUUGAACUCCAGGGCCCAGGCAGCGCAGGAGUAACUGACUGGGAGCUGGACCGGCUUCUGUGGAGCCGCAGUGUGGAGAAUGUGGCUACAGCCAGUGCCACGAUCACCUCUCUUUCCCAACUACUGGAUGAAAUUGGUAAUAUUGUCAUCAAUGACAACAUUGCACAACAAGUACUCAAUGCAGUGACAUCUCUACAGGCAGCUAUUGCUGAGCUAGAGGCUGGAAACUUGGCCUUUGCUUUGCAAUACAGUAGAGAAGCCAUUUUAGCAUCUGAAUGUGCCUUUUUUGACCCGUCAUUGCUGCAUCUCCUGUAUUUCCCAGACGAUCAGAAGUUUGCUAUCUACAUCCCCCUGUUCUUGCCAAUGUGUGUCCCGAUACUGCUCUCACUACUGAAGAUUGUCAGUGAGAUACGGCAGAGGAGGGCAGAGAAAAGUGCCAAAAAAGACUAACAACAGUCCGUCUCAUUUAAGGACACACAACACUCACCGUUUGAACUGUACCCUCAGGUAUUGCACUGAAUGAUGGGAGACACUGGAGCAGGGCCUAAACUGUUAGGUAAAUGUUAUUGACUCAGUAGCUAGUUAUUGAUAAUUUAUUUGAAUUCUGUUUUGUUUAAAUAAAUAAAUUGUAUGCUGUGAAGUUAAUGCGAUACAUGCCUUUUAAUAAAACUUUUUGUUAAAGUAUAGACCUAUGUUAAGUGAAUUCAGUAUUACAAGUGAAAAUACGAGCAUGUAAAUGAAUACAGAGCAAACUAUACCUAUCCCACAAUGUGGAACUCUUCUGAUAGAAACAAACAAAAAAGAAAUCACCAAAAUGCAGCAUAUUUAACCAUCUGCAUGUGAUAAUACAUUGCCUGUCACUGUUUUUCACAUUAACUAACUAAUAUAGAGAUUCAAUAAAAUGAAUUGAACCCUCUUUACCGUUAAGACUUUCUGGUGAGGAGUAUAAUUAAAUGAGAAUAUAUUACACAGUCACAUGGUCAAGACUAGUUUCCACUGCAGCAGAACAUUUCCAGAACAGGCCAUGCCCAUCACUAUGGCUGACUAUCAGAAAAUGUACUUUUCUCAUACUUUACGCAGUUUCUCGUACAUUCUCAGACUUACCACUGAUCCAUGGGGCAUAACAGUUCACUUUUUUAGUGUCUUCACUGCAUGAAACUGUCUCCCAGAAGACAAAAGGUCUAUUCAAAUUAUUACAUAUUCAUCUUUUGUCGA